AUAGUCCCUCCCAGUCCAGGCACUGACAGUCCAACCUCACACAAAUCUUCAUUUCAUUUCAGGACAUAAGAUAUUAUGGGAAUGAAAACCACACUCAUCACAGUUCUAACUCUUCAGCUCACUUUAGGAGCAGGAGCAAGGAAUAUUGACCCUGAGGGGAAGCUCAAGCCAUACUUCCCUCCAGCCAAACCAACACUGAAAAACCUCAAUGCCCUCUGUCUUCAAGGCAAUGGCCGCCCCAGAUAUCCUGCCAGCUAUAUUCCUGCUUCAGGUUACAGUUAUGUUCGUCGCGCUGGAAACGCAGUGAACAGAAUAGAAGCAUGGUUCACUCAGUGUUGCCACAGAGGAGUGGCCCAAGGAUACAAACAGAUCCUUUGCUGCACCAAACAGGCUUGGGAGACUGGCCUUUCCCAGUUUUGUAUCGAGGAGUACAGCACCAUGACUUUGGUCCACAAGUGUUGUGAGAAGAAGCAGCAAGGCAGGUGGAACUGCUUUGAAAAAGAGGCUCCUAACCCCUCCUACCAACGCCUACCUGGUUACAUUGCGCCCCUUAUACCAGCUGACAAACUUUUUAUCUGGGACCCCAAAAAAUGUUAGUGCAGGUUGAGUGGAAAGUUGGAAGUUUGUCAACAAGAAAGUGUCAAUAAAAGCAAUACA